ACUGCUAUGAGGAAGUAAUGGGAUGGUAAAAUAAAGUCUCCUGUAGACCUGGUGGCAUUGUGUUGGGAACAGGAGACAGCAAGACAGCUCCCUGAAACCUUAAAGUUCCAGAUUAGUUUGCAUUGAGAUCGCCAGGAGAAGAAGGCUAAGCAUGGCAGUCUUCAGACUCAUGCUGAUUAUCACCACGGCGAGGGUGGCUUUGGGCUUCCUUCCAACUGCGAAGGACAGUAUCUCUCACACGGAGAUCACGGAGAGAGCGAUUCUGAAGAAGACCAUGGCAGUCUUGAGAGAACUCGCUGCAUCCACAGGGCGGGUUUUCGACAUCGGCAGCAUUUCUGACCUUGUCAACCCCACCUCGGAGGAGAUCUUUAGGGCUUACUACGGCAGAGAAGUGUCUCCCAUCAAGUUUGAGCAGGCCAUGCAGACCGUCAAGGAUGCCAACGUUGACGUGGAUCACUACCACCCCCUAAGCGCCAAGCACCAUUUCGACUCGGAGAGCUUCGUGGAGGCCAAGCGCCUCCUGCUGUUGAAAAGCUCGGAGGCCAAGGAUAACAUAAUGAAAGGGAACUAUGAGAGCGGGCGCCACCGCCUGGGGGAGAUGUUGCACACCUUGCAGGACUUCUACAGUCACAGCAACUGGAUCGAACUGGGCUACACAGUUCCAAACCCAGACCUGAUCGGAACCGGUGGGGGCAUUGCAAACACAGCAGCUAAAAAUCAGUCAACUUGCAGUGACUGCAGCACAGAGACCUGUGUGAAUAACAUACUGAACAACAUCAUCCAGAGCAAGCUGAUCACCACUGGCUAUUUCAGCCAGCUGCCGAUAAAACCAGCCGGGAAGUGCAGUCACGGAGGAGCAUGGGACAUGACACGGCUCAGGGAUGCGACGGGGGGCAUCAACAAAGACCACUACACCUCGGAGCACUGGUACCUGCACAAACAGGCAGCCGACGUCGCUGUGUCUGCCACCGAGGGGGUGCUGGAGGACAUCAGGAACGCGGUCGGGGACAAAGCCUUCCUCAAGUUUCUGAAUCUUGAGAGCCCUGCAGCUCUGUGCUUCGUGAUCGAUACGACGGGGAGCAUGGGAGGGGAAAUCGAAAACGCCAAGCAAAGAGCUUUCUCCAUCAUCGACAGCAAGAGAGACACCCCUGACGAGCCAUCCAUAUACGUGCUGGUACCUUUCAACGACCCAGAUUUUGGACCAGUCUACAAAACAAGUGAUGCAAACAUUUUCAAGACAAGCAUCAGUCAGCUGACAGCCAAUGGUGGAGGAGACACACCUGAAAUGUGUCUGUCUGGGAUCCAGCUUGCUUUGAUAAACUCACCCCCUUCCUCUGAGAUCUACGUUUUUACCGAUGCUCCUGCGAAAGACGGCUACCUGCGGAACAACAUUCUCGCGCUCAUCGACAGCACAAAGUCUUCAGUCACUUUUUUGCUGACAAACAUUUUCUAUAGAAAAAAGAGAAGUGGCCAGCAGGGUCAGCGUGGGAGGGCAAUGGGGAUCGACACUCUCUACCAAGACCUGGCUGCCACUUCUGGAGGCCAGACCAUUGAGACCACGAAGGCUUCACUGCAGCAGAUAACUGCAGUUAUAUCAGACUCAUCGACUUCCGCACUGGUAACACUGUUUCAGGCAAAGAGCACACGGUUGAAUGUUGGAAGCACAUAUUAUUUCCACAUCGACAAGUCAGUCACCAACAUCACAGCUUACAUCUCGGGCAGCAUCCUCUCGUAUACUCUCUCAAAUCCCAGGGGAGUUCAGCAGGACAGCUCGCUGCGGGACGGUCCCCUGGGCACCAUGGAGAAUCUGGGGAGGUUUUACAUCCUGAGGCUCAGUGGUGAUGUCGGGCAAUGGCAGAUCAACAUCUCCUCCUACCAGGACUAUAGCCUCAAAGUAACAGGUCAGAGCAUCGUGAGCUUCCUCUACAGCUUUGUUGAACCGUUUGGAGGACCUCACCCUGGUCUGGGUCCCAUUGAAGGGAGACCACAGACUGGCCAAAAUGUUACGAUGAUGCUGAGGGUGACCGGGCUGACGGUGUACAAAACGUUUGCUGUGAAAAACGUCUCUUUCGCGGCCCCCGACGGCUCUCUGAUUGGAAGCAGCCCCGCGAUGCCAGCACCGUCGACUGGGCUUUACUACGCCUAUGUGGAGCGUUUCCCAGGGCAGGAGUUUGCCCUGGUGGUGACCGGGCAGGACAACAGCUCCAGUGAGUUCCGAAGACAGUCCAACACCCACAUAACCUCGUCCCGCAUCUCAGUGCAGGUGGAGGCAAACUCAACUUUCGAGCCCGGAAAGCAAUACACCAUCCCGUUCACCGUGGCGACCAGCGGCGCCGGAGGCACGUACAGCGUCCGGGUGCGGGACGACAAGGGGUUCGUCCUGAACGCAACGGCCAGCAUCUACCUGGAGGACAAUGGAACUGAGCAAGGCAAUCUGACCUUUCAGAGUCCCAAUGGAACCGAGUCUGGGACCAUCGUCACGGUAACAAUAGAAGUGGAAUCGUCCAACUUCACUGACAUGAACUACGCUUUCCUGCAACUGACCAUAGCCAGAGAGGUGGUGGAUUUUGACCCACCCAUCUGCACCCUGGUCUUCAUCAACGAAAACUGCUCCACAAACUGCGCCGGCGAGACGUGGGCGAUCUGUGCCCAGGUGAGGGACAACGGCGUGGGCGUGCAAAGAAUCUAUACCCGGCUGGGCAACGGCACGCUGAACACGAGCGUGGUGUGGGAGGGAGGAGUCAACACCACACUCGUCAACUACACCGCGUCCUGCUGCUCGACCGAGGUGACCAUCAUCGCCGUGGACAACGCCGGGAACGUCGGGAAGUGCCGCUACUCCACGAGAGAGAUCCUGGGAUCUACCGUGGACCCAGGAUCGGUUACGACUGGAACUACAACCCCCUAUCCAGAUGCCUUUGGGAAAGGGCAGCCUGGUGCAGUGGUGGGCUCAGCACUGCUGUGCAGCAGCUUGCUGGCUCUGCUGGUGCUGCACAUGUUUUAGUCAAAGCCUGUGUGUGCGUGUGUGUGGUUAACAAAAUAAUUGCCCAAGUCUCGCUCGUCGUCCUGCCCUUCUAUACGAUAUUUUUUUACUCUGCCAGCUCUCGCACGUUUGAAAAACGCACGUCUGCCGUCCGAACCCUUUCAGCUCUGGAGCAUUAACGCACGCCGUCAGAAAAUCACGCUGGAACCAGACGCCCAGGUCCCUGUCUCACGUCAUAUAAGUCAAGACAUUUUUGUCCUGUUCUCAUGCAUGUGUGUAUACUAAAUACAGUUUUUUUUAAUUGAAUUCUGUAACUUCAUUUCACAUUCUUCAGCACGACAGAGAUCAUCCAGGACUGAAAGGGUUAAGACUGUCACCUUGUCACUUCAUGGGUCAGCGGCUGAACAGCGCGUCAGUCAAACCGGGAGGCAGCAGCUGACUGGUUAAUAACAGGAAAAGGAGGUGUUAAUAAAGGGGGUGGGACAAUUUCACGCUCCAGUUGACCUAGGAAGCACAAAGCUGGCUGCAGGUUUAAAGAGAGCUAACCCAGAUGCUGUGAAAGGGGAGCCAUGUUUGUUACAGCGAGGCUUCCCUUUCCAAGCUUCACAUCAGAGUCUUGUGGAGCUGUUUUGUUAACUACAAACGCUUUGAAAGAAUCUCGGCUGCAUAUGAUAGGAUGAUCUUCAGGUAAAAGAGAUGAUGAAUUGAAUACAGUGAUUUAGGGACCACUAAACAAUAAUUAUGACAAAACUAGAACAGGAUUGAUUUAAUGUUUCAUAAUCUCAGGGGUAAAUAGUUGUGUCUGACAGUCCUUCUAUAAUUAUAUAUAUCUAUAAUUAUGAAUUGUCAAAUUUAUUCCAAUUUAAAAAAAAAACUGAAAUUCUUCUGAUCCCAGCAGCGUUUGAUUUUAAUGGUGUAUUAAACAAACAUUAGGAACACUA